GCGGAGCUUCUGAAGCGUCGGCCCUCAGUGGACGGAAGUAGCUGUUGGAGGCUUUAAGGUAGCUUUAAAUUCCUGCUUCCUUGGGAGGUCGCCCCUUUCAGCUGGAGUCGGGCUCCGCGCGACGGAUGGCUGUGGACGUGAAGUCGCGAGCAAAGCGUUAUGAAAAACUGGACUUCCUCGGGGAGGGACAGUUUGCCACGGUUUACAAGGCCAGAGACAAGAACACCAAUCAAAUUGUCGCUAUUAAGAAAAUCAAACUUGGACAUAGAUCAGAAGCUAAAGAUGGUAUAAAUAGAACAGCCUUAAGAGAAAUAAAGUUAUUACAGGAGCUAAGUCAUCCAAAUAUAAUUGGGCUCCUUGAUGCUUUUGGACAUAAAUCUAACAUUAGCCUUGUCUUUGAUUUUAUGGAAACUGAUCUAGAGGUUAUAAUAAAGGAUAACAGUCUUGUACUGACACCAUCACACAUCAAAGCCUACAUGUUGAUGACUCUUCAAGGAUUAGAAUAUUUACAUCAACAUUGGAUUCUACAUAGGGAUCUAAAACCAAACAACUUGUUGCUAGAUGAAAAUGGAGUUCUGAAACUGGCAGAUUUUGGCCUGGCCAAAUCAUUUGGGAGCCCCAAUAGAGCUUACACACAUCAGGUUGUAACCAGGUGGUAUCGGGCCCCUGAGCUGCUGUUUGGAGCUAGAAUGUAUGGUGUAGGUGUGGACAUGUGGGCUGUUGGCUGUAUAUUAGCAGAGUUGCUUCUAAGGGUUCCUUUUUUGCCAGGAGAUUCAGACCUUGACCAGCUAACAAGAAUAUUUGAAACUUUGGGCACACCAACUGAAGAACAGUGGCCUGAUAUGUGCAGUCUUCCAGAUUUCGUGACAUUUAAGAGUUUCCCUGGAAUCCCGUUACAACAUAUCUUCAUUGCAGCUGGAGAUGACUUGCUAGAUCUCAUACAAGGCUUAUUCUUAUUUAAUCCGUGCACUCGAAUUACAGCCACACAGGCAUUGAAAACCAAGUAUUUCAGUAAUCGGCCAGGGCCAACCCCUGGAUGUCAGCUGCCAAGACCAAACUGUCCAGUGGAUGCUUUAAAGGAACAGUCUAAUCCAGCCAUGGCAACAAAACGGAAGAGAACAGAGGCUUUGGAACAAGGAGACCUCUAGCACGACUGAGUCAGGCAGCACAGUGCAGUGGGAAGAGCAGACUUUAGAGCCAGGACGGCAGACACAGGUGAGAGGGCCGCAGUGAGAAACAGCAACGCCCGUCCUGCCACUGUCUCAUCGCACAGCCGCUGCUCAGCUCCCCACAGUGGCUGCCCCGUGGGAGAGAAUGCAGCCCGUGCUACCAGAUCAUCUCAGUCUUCCAGAGGAGCCAGCAAUCCAGAUUUGUAUGUGAAAUCUCCCAAUUUAAAUGUCAGCCACUUACCCACAUUAUUUGAGAAACCACUUCACUCCCCAAAAAACAAGUCUGCAGACAGGUAGCCUCUGAACCAUGCAGGCUCUGCCUUAGAGACAGCAAGACCUGGACUUGAAUCCCCAUUUAGCCACUUCCUGUCUGACGUUGGACAAGUUCUCUGAGCUUCAUUUCUUCCCCUCCAGAAUGAGAAUAAUAGUACCUAUGCUCUAUUGUUGGGUUGCUGUGCCAUUAAAUAAUAAUAAAGCAUGGGCUGGAGGAGGGAGCAGGCAGUUAGUAUAGAAAGGGUAUGGAGUUUCUGUUUGGGAAGACGAAAAGAGCUACUAAACUUGUAUAUACUUGUAAAGACUUCAGAGAUGAAUCAAUUAUUUUCAAUUUUGCUUCCAGUCUCAGUACCUUAAUGGAAGGCAAAGAUUGGGAGCUAUGCCUCUCAAAUCAUGUUUUCCAUGCAAAAGUUCCUGAAUUUUGUAAAUAGCUAAGGAAGUAGGAAUUCGGGAAUAUAAAAUAAGUACAAGUGCUGAAAUGAAUAUGAAUCUACCUCUUCUUUUCUUCUGUCUCCUGGCUCUUCUCCCUACCUUCCAUCAAAACAAUUAAGAUCAGAUUUCUAAAAGGAUUUGACUUCAGUUAACAACACAGAACACCAGGGCUGCCCUCAAAGAGUAUACCUUUAAAAAUUUUGCAAUCCAGCUCCUAUUAAGGGCCCCACUGAGAGAAGAGGUGUCUGAGGAAGAUCACCUACACAUCUGUUCAUGGUAGAACUAGAUACCCGUCAUGUUGUCCACUGAGUCCUAAAACGCUAAAUACAUUGGACUAAGUUUGCUGAUUCCCCUGGCAAAUCACUUACCUCAAGUUCAACAUUAAGGAAUUAUUAUAGAAAACAGCCAUGUAAAUGGUGAUUUUGUAUUUCUUACAAAUGACUGUUGAGGACUUAGCUAUUAUAUUUGCUCAGUGGCCCGUCUCAUGUCAGAAAACUCUUUUAGAAGUUAAUUUCAGGACAAUGUGGAAUUCCUCUUUAAGGAUGAGAGUUCAGGAAAAUUAUUUCCCCCCUUUUGCCCUGACUUGCAGCUGACUCUGAAUACAUAGAAUCUGCUUUUACCCACUUUCACAGUUCUUGUUUACUACUUCUAUUUUUUAUUAUCCCUAUAAGCAAUUUACCAUGAGAUGGGUAAAGUUUAAUGAAGCUAAAAUUCCCAGCACUUGACCCAUAUACUAAUACUAAUAUGCACUGUUGAAAGGAAAUACUUCAAACAAAAUAGGUAUCUACUGUUAAGUUUCAAUUUUGAUACUGUAAGAUUCUUACUGGUCCUGAACUCAUCUGAAAAUGAGAGAUAUUGGAAUUAGGAUUAUGGAUUUUGAUAAAGAUUUAGAAAUGGGGUCAUGUCAGAAUUUUAAUAUGAAAACAUUUACACUUAAUAAACUUCACUGUAAUCUUUGACUGAGAAAUGGUUUCAAAUUGGAAUUUUAAACUGAAGCAAUUUGAAUUCUGAAUAAUACUGAUAAUUGAAAAUUGAGAUUGAGCAUUUAGAGAAACUAGAUCUUUAAAAAUAACACCUUUAUAUUGGACAGUCUACCUAUUCCAAUUGUAAUUUUAUUCUCUUACGCCAUUUUUAUACAUUUUGUUUAAUACCACAAUGACUCAAAAAUGGCCAUGAAUUUUUGAUAGGUUUGUGAACCAAAACCUUAACUUGUUUCACUUUUUAUAAGAAUACUUUAUUAAUUUGUCGAACUUAAGAUUUCUCCUCUACCACUCAGUGUCUUACCCAGAAUCACAUUUCAGUAAAGUUUAACUAGAUACAUUUAAUGUUGAGUUUCACUGCCAUUUUCCAUAUUAAUUUCCUUUUGGCAGCUUCACUUUAAUCAUCUAGUGCUCUUACAAUUUUUUUCCACUAAACAUGAUCUUGUUUAAAUGAAAUAGAAGAGUACUAAAAAGAGAUUGUCCUGUCAUUUUAUGGUCUUACCUGCACAGGUUAACACCCCAGUGACCCCCUUUUUCCCACAGUUGCUAAAUUUUUACAUAAAUCACAACUCUGUGAAAUUUCAGUUAUAUUCUCCAUGUUAACUGUGCUUAUUCAACUAUAGUUAUAAACAAAAACAACUGAAAUUACACCCAGUUACUGCCAUUAUAAUUCAUAUUUACCAUCCUCUUUAAGGUGCUUCCAAUUUAUCCAUUUUGUUGGUUUCUUACACAUUUUAUCCAUUUGUGUAAAUCUUAGUGCCUGGUCAUUUUUCCUCAUUAAUUGUUGCUCAAAUGCAAUUCUGAAUGCAUCUGCCAUUAUGUAGGCUUCUUCUUUACUCUUCUGCAAAAGUCCCAACUGGUUUUGAAAGAAAGUUUGAGAGGUAUCAGAGACAAAACCAGAACAAUUGUUGCCUGAAUGCUGAAUCAGAUUAGCAAAUGCAGUCUCUGUGCCAGCAUGAGUCUCCUGCCUGCCUUUGAGCUCUUUCAUCUGCUUAAGCUAAUUGGCAUUUGUCAUUCUCUUCUGCAGUAGCUGCCCACUCUGAACUAGAUUACCAGAAGUUCCCCUUGUGUACCUAUCAAUUCCCUGUUAAUCCACCUCUUAGACUUCAUUAUCCUAGACAGGCCCUGCGUGUGUCCUGGCCAAUGAGGAAAAAGGGAGGAUGCCAAAGGCUGCAUCUCAGUUCUGCCUUGGGCCACUCCAGACAAUAACACUGGAAACAGUUAUGAAUAGUAUCUUUCACAUACGUCCCAUGGCUGACUCUGAUCUUUGUAAUCGUAUGCUUUUCAUAAUAUAUUGCUUAAUGUUUAGCUAUUUGCUUUCCUAUAUACUCUGAAGACUUUAAAUUCCAUACUUUCAAUAAACAUGAAAUAUUUU